GCGGGCAGUCCGUGCAGCGGCGCCGGGCUCGUGGCUCAGAUCUCCUGUGACUGCUUUAAAUAAUGCUGGCCUAAGUAAUCUCUUCCACAUCUGCCUGCAAUACAUCCUUCACCAAAAUGGCAUUUGUGGCAACACCAGGGGCUGUGGUGGACCAGACUACUUUAAUGAAGAAGUACCUUCAGUUUGUGGCUGCUCUGACGGACAGCAACACACCUGAUGAAACCAAACUGAAAAUGAUGCAGGAAGUCAGUGAAAAUUUUGAAAAUGUCACAACUUCACCUCAAUACUCAACUUUCCUGGAACACAUCAUUCCUCGUUUUCUCACGUUCCUGCAAGAUGGAGAAGUGCAAUUCCUUCAGGAAAAAUCUGCCCAGCAAGUUCGGAAGCUUGUCCUUGAAAUCAUCCACAGAAUUCCAACAAAUGAGCAUUUGCGAUCCCACACAAAAAAUAUUUUGUCUGUGAUGUUCCGGUUUUUGGAGGUGGAGAACGAAGAGAAUGUGCUUAUUUGUCUUCGAAUAAUCAUUGAAUUGCAUAAGCAAUUCCGACCACCAAUCACGCAGGAAAUUCAUCACUUCCUUGAUUUUGUGAAGCAGAUUUAUAAUGACCUACUGAAAGUUGUGACACGAUACUUUGAGAAGCCCCAGGCGAUUGCAGAUAACACUGUCCCUUCCCCAGAGAUGGUUGGCAUGAUCACUCAGGUCGUAGUUAAGACCAAUCCUGAGCGAGAGGACAGUGAAUCAAGAACGCAUACCAUAAUUCCAAGAGGCUCCCUUUCUCUGAAGGUGUUGGCUGAACUUCCGAUCAUUGUUGUUCUCAUGUAUCAGCUGUACAAGCAGAGUAUACACAAUGUUGUAUCUGAGUUUGUGCCUUUGAUUAUGAGCACUAUCAUGCUGCAGGUUACACCUCAAGCAAGGCAAAAUAAACUUUAUAACAAGGAGCUAUACGCUGACUUCAUUGCUGCACAGAUUAAAACAUUGUCCUUUCUUGCUUACAUCAUAAGAAUUUAUCAGGAUUUGGUUGGGAAGUAUUCACAACAGAUGGUGAAAGGAAUGUUGCAGUUGCUGACUAACUGUCCUUCUGAAACUGCCCACCUACGGAAGGAGCUGCUGAUUGCAGCUAAGCACAUUCUAACUACCGAUCUUCGGAACCAAUUCAUUCCAUGCAUGGAUAAGCUAUUUGAUGAAUCUGUACUAAUAGGCUCAGGGUACACAGCUCGGGAAACGCUGAGACCCCUGGCCUACAGCACUUUGGCUGACCUGGUGCAUCAUGUUCGCCAGCAUCUUCCUCUGAAUGAUCUGGCCCUUGCCGUUCAGCUGUUUGCAAAGAAUAUUGAUGAUGAAUCAUUGCCCAGCAGCAUCCAAACAAUGUCUUGCAAACUUCUGUUGAACCUUGUAGAUUGUAUUCGUUCAAAAAGUGAGCAGGAGAAUGGGAAUGGAAGAGAUAUUCUGAUGAGAAUGUUGGAGGUCUUUGUGCUGAAAUUUCAUACCAUUUCUCGCUAUCAGUUGUCCACCAUUUUUAAGAAAUGCAAGCCACAAUCUGAGCUGACAGCUGCAGAAGCCCCUAUGGCGGCAGCUCAAGCGACUCCAACGCAAUCUGUUCCCCCUCCUGCCCCACCAACGCCCACCCUUCCUGCACCAGCCUUAGACAAACAUGGGGAUAAAGAAAAGGAGGAAAAGCAGACCUUCCAAGUGUCUGACUGCCGCAGCUUGGUGAAGACGUUGGUAUGUGGGGUGAAGACAAUAACAUGGGGCAUAACUUCAUGUAAAGCACCAGGAGAGGCAUCCUUUAUUCCCAAUAAACAGUUACAACCAAAAGAAACACAAAUUUACAUCAAGUUGGUAAAAUAUGCAAUGCAGGCUUUGGAUAUUUACCAGGUGCAAAUUGCUGGGAAUGGGCAAACAUACAUUCGAGUGGCCAAUUGCCAGACAGUGAGGAUGAAGGAAGAGAAGGAGGUUUUGGAGCACUUUGCUGGUGUUUUCACUAUGAUGAAUCCUUUGACUUUUAAGGAGAUCUUUCAAACAACCGUACCAUACAUGGUGGAAAGGAUUUCAAAGAACUAUGCUCUUCAGAUUGUGGCCAACUCAUUCCUGGCGAACCCUUCUACCUCUGCUCUGUUUGCUACAAUUCUGGUGGAAUAUCUUCUAGACCGCCUUCCAGAAAUGGGCUCCAAUGUUGAACUCUCCAACCUCUAUCUCAAGCUGUUCAAACUAGUGUUCGGCUCUGUUUCUCUGUUUGCAGCAGAAAAUGAGCAGAUGUUAAAGCCACAUCUACACAAAAUUGUGAACAGUUCUAUGGAACUUGCUCAAACAGCCAAGGAGCCAUACAACUACUUUCUGUUGCUUCGAGCCCUUUUCCGAUCCAUUGGAGGUGGCAGCCACGAUCUCCUGUAUCAGGAGUUUCUGCCAUUACUGCCUAACUUGCUGCAAGGACUGAAUAUGCUGCAGAGCGGCCUGCAUAAACAACAUAUGAAAGAUCUUUUCGUUGAACUGUGUUUAACUGUGCCUGUCCGACUCAGCUCUCUCCUGCCUUAUCUGCCAAUGUUGAUGGACCCACUGGUAUCUGCACUCAAUGGUUCCCAGACCCUGGUCAGUCAGGGCCUGCGGACACUGGAACUGUGUGUUGACAACUUGCAGCCUGAUUUUUUGUAUGAUCAUAUCCAGCCAGUGCGAGCUGAACUCAUGCAGGCUUUAUGGCGUACUUUGCGUAACCCAGCCGACAGCAUCUCCCAUGUGGCCUACCGUGUGCUGGGCAAAUUUGGUGGAAGCAAUCGGAAGAUGCUAAAGGAGUCUCAGAAACUGCAGUACGUUAUUACCGAAGUGCAGGGACCAAGCAUUACAGCUGAGUUUUCUGACUGUAAGGCAUCUAUCCAACUUCCUAUGGAGAAGGCAAUUGAAACUGCUUUGGAUUGUCUGAAGAGUGCCAACACAGAGCCAUAUUAUCGUCGCCAGGCUUGGGAAGUUAUCAAAUGCUUUUUGGUGGCAAUGAUGAGCUUGGAUGACAACAAGCAUUCAUUAUACCAACUACUUGCCCAUCCGAACUUCACAGAGAAAGCUAUACCAAGCGUAAUUAUAUCGCACCGUUACAAAGCACAAGACACACCUGCUCGUAAAACAUUUGAACAGGCUUUGACGGGAGCAUUUAUGUCAGCUGUCAUUAAAGAUCUGCGGCCUAGUGCUCUGCCUUUUGUGGCCAGUUUAAUCCGUCACUACACCAUGGUGGCAGUAGCUCAACAGUGUGGCCCUUUCUUGCUUCAGUGUUACCAAGUAGGCAGUCAGCCAAGCACAGCCAUGUUCCACAGUGAAGAAAAUGGAUCAAAAGGAAUGGACCCACUGGUGCUUAUUGAUGCUAUAGCUAUUUGCAUGGCUUAUGAGGAAAAAGAGCUCUGCAAAAUAGGAGAAGUGGCUCUAGCUGUUAUCUUUGAUGUAGCAAGCAUAAUCUUAGGCUCAAAGGAACGGGCAUGCCUGUUACCUUUAUUUUCGUACAUUGUGGAACGUCUUUGUGCCUGCUGUUAUGAACAAGCCUGGUAUGCUAAACUUGGUGGUGUCGUGUCCAUUAAAUUCUUGAUGGAGCGCCUUCCUUUGAUUUGGGUCCUACAGAAUCAGCAGACAUUUUUGAAGGCUCUUCUUUUUGUCAUGAUGGAUCUGACUGGAGAGGUUUCCAAUGGAGCAGUGGCAAUGGCCAAGACCACUUUAGAACAGCUGUUAAUUCGUUGUGCGACUCCAUUGAAGGAUGAGGAGAAGUCUGAAGAGUUGCUCGCAGCUCAAGAAAAAUCAUUCCACCAUGUGACUCAUGACUUGGUUCGGGAGGUGACCUCGCCAAACUCCACUGUGCGAAAACAGGCCAUGCAUUCUCUGCAAGUGCUUGCUCAAGUUACGGGGAAAAGUGUAACAGAAAUAAUGGAGCCCCACAAAGAGGUCCUGCAAGACAUGGUUCCACCUAAGAAGCACUUAUUGCGACAUCAACCAGCAAAUGCUCAGAUCGGAUUGAUGGAAGGAAAUACAUUUUGCACCACUCUACAGCCCAGGCUUUUCACCAUGGAUCUCAAUGUAGUUGAGCACAAAGUAUUUUAUACAGAGUUGCUAAAUCUCUGUGAAGCUGAAGAUGUUGCACUUAUGAAACUCCCGUGCUACAAAAGCCUUCCUUCACUUGUGCCGUUACGCAUUGCUGCCCUGAAUGCCUUAGCUGCCUGCAAUUACUUACCUCAGUCACGAGAAAAAAUCAUCGCUGCACUGUUCAAGGCGCUGAACUCGACAAAUAAUGAACUGCAAGAGGCAGGAGAGGCCUGCAUGAGGAAGUUUUUGGAGGGAGCCACAAUUGAAGUAGAUCAAAUCCACACUCACAUGCGGCCACUCCUGAUGAUGUUGGGUGAUUAUCGCAGCCUGACUUUAAACGUUGUGAAUCGCUUGACGUCUGUUACAAGACUUUUUCCAAACUCCUUUAAUGAUAAAUUUUGUGAUCAAAUGAUGCAACACUUGCGUAAAUGGAUGGAGGUGGUCGUCCUUACACACAAAGGAGGACAGAGAAGUGAUGGCAAUGAAAUGAAAAUCUGCUCGGCCAUCAUUAAUCUGUUCCACUUAAUUCCGGCUGCACCUCAGACUCUCGUGAAACCUCUGCUGGAGGUGGUGAUGAAAACUGAACGGGCCAUGCUUAUUGAGGCUGGAAGUCCAUUCCGUGAGCCUCUGAUCAAGUUUCUGACACGUUAUCCGGCACAGACUGUUGAACUUUUUAUGAUGGAGGCCACUUUGAAUGAUCCUCAAUGGAGCAGAAUGUUUAUGAGUUUUUUAAAGCAUAAAGAUGCGAAGCCUCUCCGCGAUGUGCUGGCUGCCACACCAGGCCGGUUUGUUAACCUGCUGUUUCCUGGUGCACAAGCUGCAGUAAGGCCUGGGUCUCCCAGUACCAGCACUAUUCGGUUAGAUCUCCAAUUCCAAGCCAUCAAGAUUAUCAGUAUCAUAGUGAAGAAUGAUGGGAACUGGUUAUCUGGCCAACCUCAGCUAGUGAGCCACUUACGACGGGUCUGGGUGAGUGAUGCUUUCCAGGAGCGCCAUCGGAAGGAAAGCAUGGUAGCCACUCAUUGGAAGGAACCAAAGCUUCUCGCAUUUUGCCUGUUGAAUUAUUGCAAGCGGAAUUAUGCAGAGAUUGAGCUGCUGUUUCAACUGCUUCGAGCAUUUACUGGGCGUUUUCUGAGCAAUAUGACCUUCCUGAAGGAGUAUAUGGAAGAAGAGAUCCCAAAGAAUUACAGUGUGGCACAGAAGCGUGUCCUGUUUAACAGAUUUGUGGAAUUUUAUGAUCCAAACUUUGGAGAUGAGCUUAAAGCCAAGGCUCUGCAGCACAUCUUGAUUCCUGCUUUCCAAUACAGCUUUGACAAAGGUGAAGGGGAGCAACUUUUAGGGCCUCCAAAUCCUGAGGGAGAUAAUCCUGAUAGCAUUACAAGUGUUUUCAUUACAAAGGUACUGGAUCCAGAGAAGCAUGCUGAAAUGUUAGAUGCUUUAAGGAUUUACUUGCUGCAAUUUGCAACCCUUCUCGUUGAGCAUGCACCCCACCACAUCCAUGACAAUAAUAAAAAUCGGAACAGCAAACUGAGACGCCUGAUGACGUUUGCAUGGCCUUGCUUGCUUUCCAAGACCUGUGUGGAUCCAGCCUGCAAAUACAGUGGUCACUUACUUCUGGCACAUAUCAUAGCCAAAUUUGCAAUUCAUAAAAAGAUAGUCUUGCAGGUUUUCCUCAGUUUGCUUAAAGCUCAUGCUAUGGAAGCUCGAUUGGUAGUCAGGCAAGCGAUGGCCAUUUUGACUCCUGCUGUCCCAGCUCGCAUGGAAGAUGGGCAUCAAAUGCUGACUCACUGGACAAGAAAAAUCAUUGUGGAAGAAGGGCAUACAGUGCCUCAGCUGGUUCACAUUUUGCAUCUCAUUGUUCAACAUUUUAGGGUGUACUUCCCAGUGCGACAUCAUCUUGUGCAACACAUGGUUAGUGCCAUGCAGCGACUAGGUUUCACACCAAGUGUCACCAUUGAACAGAGGAAGUUAGCUGUUGAUCUGGCUGAAGUUGUCAUUAAAUGGGAGCUGCAGAGAAUCAAGGACCAGCAGCCAGACUCCGAUCCUGACGCAAAUGGCGGUGGCGAGGGAACCAGUGCAACCAAUGGCAACGUCAGACGAGGUUUAUCAGUGGAUUCUGCUCAGGAUAUGAAACGCUUCAGAACAAAUGCUGGAACUGUAUUUGGACGCAGCCAGUCCUUAACAGGGGCUGAUCAUCUGCUUUCGAAACCUAUUGAUAAGCAGCACACUGAUACCGUGGUGAAUUUCCUCAUCAGAAUAGCUUGUCAGGUGAAUGAUUCCUCAAACACAGCGGGUUCACCAGGCGAAAUGUUGUCCAGGCGCUGUGUUAGUCUUCUGAAGAUGGCUCUUCGUCCUGAUAUGUGGCCAAAAGCUGAGCUGAAACUGCAGUGGUUUGACAAGUUGCUGAUGACGGUGGAGCAACCCAAUCAAGCCAACAUGGCGAAUAUCUGUACAGGAUUAGAGGUAUUGAGCUUCCUGUUAACCGUGCUCCAGUCCUCUGCCAUUCUUAGCAGUUUCAAGCCAUUGCAACGAGGAAUAGCAGCAUGUAUGACCUGCGGCAACAACAAGGUUCUGAGAGCUGUGCACACUCUGCUUUCCCGUCUGAUGAGUGUGUUUCCAACAGAACCAAGUACUUCAAGUGUGGCUUCCAAAUAUGAGGAAUUGGAGUGUCUUUAUGCUGCUGUGGGAAAAGUGAUUUAUGAAGGCCUCACAAAUUAUGAGAAAGCAGCAAAUACCAAUCCAAAUCAAUUGUUUGGCACCCUGAUGAUCCUGAAGUCUGCUUGCAGCAAUAACCCCAGCUACAUUGAUCGGCUCAUCUCUGUCUUCAUGCGAUCUCUGCAGAAGAUGGUGAGAGACCAUCUGAACCCACAGACAACCCAAGGGCCAUCUGAAACCAGUACAGUCACUGUUGAACUGAUAAUGUUAAGUCUGGAGCUUGUGAAAACACGUCUUGCUGUAAUGAGCAUGGAGAUGAGGAAAAAUUUUAUUCAAGUCAUCCUGACCUCUCUCAUUGAGAAAUCCUCCGAUGCCAAGAUUCUGCGAGCUGUGGUGAAAAUAGUGGAGGAGUGGGUGAAGAAUAAUUCCCCAAUGGCAGUAAAUCAGACACCUACAUUGAGAGAGAAGUCCAUUUUGCUGGUUAAAAUGAUGACUUACAUUGAAAAACGCUUUCCAGAUGACCUUGAAUUAAAUGCCCAGUUCUUGGACCUCGUUAACUAUGUCUAUAGGGAUGAGAACCUCUCUGGCAGUGAGCUUACUGCGAAGCUUGAGCCAGCCUUCUUGGCAGGAUUACGGUGUUGCCAACCUCACAUUCGGGCCAAAUUCUUCGAAGUUUUUGAUAACUCCAUGAGACGCCGCGUGUAUGAUCGUCUACUGUAUAUUACGUGUUCCCAAAACUGGGAAGCCAUGGGUAACCAUUUCUGGAUCAAACAGUGCAUAGAGCUUCUCCUUGCAGUUUGUGAAAAAAACACCACCAUUGGCACCAACUGCCAAGGCGCCAUGCUGCCAUCCAUCACCAAUGUCAUUAAUCUGGCUGACAGCCACGACCGUGCAGCCUUUGCCAUGGUGACACAUGUGAAACAAGAACCCAGGGAGAGGGAGAACAGCGAGAGCAAGGAGGAGGAUGUGGAAAUUGAUAUUGAGCUGGCACCAGGAGAUCAAAGUGGUACCCCGAAAACCAAGGAUCAGUCUGAAAAAGAUGCUGGGAACCAGUUGCACAUGCUGACAAACAGGCAUGAUAAGUUUUUGGACUCUCUCAGAGAAGUGAAGACUGGAGCAUUGCUGAGUGCAUAUGUUCAAUUGUGUCACAUUAGCACAGCAUUGGCUGAGAAAACCUGGAUCCAGCUCUUUCCAAGGCUAUGGAAGAUACUAUCUGAUAGGCAACAGCACGCUCUGGCAGGAGAGAUAAGUCCUUUUCUCUGCAGCGGAAGUCAUCAAGUGCAGAGAGACUGCCAACCAAGUGCUCUGAACUGUUUUGUUGAGGCGAUGUCCCAGUGCGUCCCCCACAUUUCAAUCAGGCCCUGUGUACUAAAGUAUCUGGGCAAGACACACAACCUCUGGUUUCGAUCCACGUUGAUGCUGGAGCACCAGGCUUUUGAAAAAGGCUUGAGUCUUCAGAUUAAGCCACGUCAGACAUCUGAAUUCUAUGAGCAAGAAAGCAUUACUCCGCCUCCACAAGAAAUUUUAGAUUCACUGGCUGAAUUGUACUCCCUAUUGCAAGAGGAGGAUAUGUGGGCUGGCCUUUGGCAAAAACGGUGCAAGUUUCCUGAGACUGCUACAGCAAUCGCCUAUGAGCAACAUGGUUUCUUUGAGCAGGCACAAGAAACUUAUGAGAAGGCAAUGGAUAAAGCCAGAAAAGAGAAUGAAAGAAAUAAUGCGUCACCUGCCAUUUUUCCAGAGUAUCAGCUGUGGGAGGACCACUGGAAUCGCUGCUCAAAGGAACUGAAUCAGUGGGAAGCACUGACAGAGUAUGGUCAGUCUAAAGGCCAUGUUAAUCCUUAUCUGGUAUUGGAAUGUGCUUGGAGAGUCUCUAACUGGACUGCUAUGAAAGAAGCACUGGUGCAGGUGGAGCUGAGUUGCCCAAAGGAGAUGGCAUGGAAAGUCAACAUGUACCGAGGCUACUUGGCUAUUUGUCACCCUGAAGAACAGCAGCUCAACUUUAUCGAACGUCUGGUAGAGAUGGCCAGCAGUCUAGCAAUCCGUGAAUGGCGGAGACUCCCACACAUUGUGUCUCAUGUCCAUACGCCAUUGCUUCAGGCGGCUCAGCAAAUUAUUGAACUGCAGGAAGCUGCUCAAAUAAAUGCUGGUUUACAGCCUGCCAAUUUGGGGAGGAAUACAAGUUUACAUGACAUGAAGACUGUGGUGAAAACUUGGCGGAAUCGUUUGCCCAUUGUGUCCGAUGACCUUUCUCACUGGAGCAGCAUCUUCAUGUGGAGACAACAUCAUUAUCAAGCGAUCGUGGCAGCCUAUGAAAACAGCUCUCAGCAUGACCCCAACUCAAAUAACGCCAUGCUGGGAGUCCAUGCCUCUGCCUCAGCUAUCAUCCAGUAUGGGAAGAUUGCCCGUAAGCAGGGCCUGGUGAACGUAGCCCUUGAUAUCCUCAGUCGCAUCCAUACUAUUCCCACCGUGCCCAUCGUGGACUGCUUUCAGAAGAUUCGACAGCAGGUCAAGUGCUACCUCCAGCAGGCUGGAGUUAUGGGCAAGAAUGAAUGUAUGCAGGGUUUGGAAGUUAUUGAAUCUACAAAUCUGAAGUAUUUCACAAAGGAGAUGACAGCUGAAUUCUACGCACUGAAAGGAAUGUUCCUUGCACAGAUUAAUAAAUCUGAGGAAGCCAACAAAGCAUUUUCUGCAGCUGUUCAGAUGCACGAUGUACUGGUAAAAGCUUGGGCAAUGUGGGGUGAUUAUCUGGAGAAUAUCUUUGUCAAAGAAAGACAGCUUCACCUUGGUGUAUCUGCCAUCACUUGCUACCUGCACGCUUGUCGCCACCAGAAUGAGAGCAAGUCGAGAAAAUAUCUUGCCAAGGUCCUUUGGCUGCUGAGUUUUGAUGAUGAAAAGAACACACUGGCAGAUGCAGUGGACAAAUACUGUAUUGGUGUACCACCUAUUCAGUGGCUGGCCUGGAUUCCUCAACUCUUGACGUGCUUGGUUGGCUCGGAGGGCAAACUUCUUCUCAACCUCAUCAGCCAAGUUGGAAGAGUGUUCCCUCAAGCUGUCUAUUUCCCAAUUAGAACACUGUAUUUAACAUUGAAGAUUGAGCAACGGGAACGUUACAAAAGUGACUCUGGACAGCAGCAGCCGGGUUCGGUUGGCACGCAGUCUCACUCCGCCUCUGACCCAGGACCAAUACGAGCCACAGCACCAAUGUGGCGUUGCAGCCGGAUAAUGCACAUGCAGCGAGAACUUCACCCGACCCUGCUUUCAUCCCUGGAGGGCAUUGUGGAUCAAAUGGUGUGGUUCCGUGAAAACUGGCAUGAAGAGGUACUGAGACAACUACAGCAAGGAUUGGCAAAGUGCUACUCUGUGGCUUUUGAGAAGAGUGGAGCUGUGUCUGAUGCCAAAAUCACACCUCACACCCUAAACUUUGUCAAGAAGCUUGUGAGCACUUUUGGAGUUGGUCUUGAAAAUGUCUCCAAUGUGUCCACCAUGUUUUCUAGUGCAGCCUCAGAGUCUCUGGCAAGGAGGGCUCAGGCCACAGCACAAGAUCCAGUUUUUCAGAAACUCAAAGGACAGUUCACAACAGAUUUUGAUUUUAGUGUUCCAGGCUCGAUGAAGCUUCACAAUCUCAUCUCUAAGCUAAAGAAAUGGAUAAAGAUUCUGGAAACAAAAACCAAGCAGCUACCUAAAUUCUUUCUGAUUGAGGAGAAGUGUCGUUUUCUUAGUAACUUUUCUGCACAGACAGCAGAUGUGGAAAUCCCAGGAGAGUUCCUUAUGCCAAAACCGACGCAUUAUUACAUCAAAAUUGCACGGUUCAUGCCCAGAGUAGAAAUUGUACAGAAGCACAAUACAGCAGCUCGGAGACUUUACAUCCGGGGCCACAAUGGCAAGAUAUACCCAUACCUAGUGAUGAAUGAUGCAUGUCUGACAGAGUCUCGACGGGAGGAGCGCGUUCUACAACUGCUGAGGUUAUUGAACCCCUGCCUCGAGAAAAGAAAGGAGACUACAAAGAGACACUUAUUCUUCACAGUACCACGCGUUGUUGCAGUUUCGCCUCAGAUGCGAUUGGUUGAAGACAAUCCUUCUUCGCUUUCUCUUGUGGAAAUUUACAAGCAACGCUGCGCCAAAAAGGGUAUAGAGCAUGACAAUCCUGUAUCUCGCUAUUAUGACAGGCUGGCUACUGUGCAGGCUAGAGGGACCCAAGCAAGUCAUCAGGUUCUGCGUGACAUUCUAAAGGAGGUGCAGGGAAACAUGGUGCCACGGAGCAUGCUGAAGGAAUGGGCUUUGCACACUUUCCCUAAUGCCACGGAUUACUGGACCUUUAGAAAAAUGUUCACCAUUCAGCUCGCAUUGAUUGGUUUUGCUGAAUUUGUACUUCACCUGAACCGCCUUAACCCUGAAAUGCUUCAAAUUGCACAGGACACCGGAAAGCUCAAUGUGGCGUACUUCAGGUUUGAUAUCAAUGACAACUCUGGCGAUCUUGAUGCUAACCGCCCUGUGCCAUUCCGUCUCACUCCAAACAUCUCAGAGUUUCUCACUGCCAUCGGAGUGUCCGGCCCACUCACUGCCUCGAUGAUAGCUGUUGCCAGAUGUUUUGCACAACCAAACUUCAAAGUUGAUGGCAUUCUGAAAGCUGUGCUGCGUGAUGAAAUAAUUGCCUGGCACAAGAAGACUCAGGAGGACACUUCCUCCCCUCUCUCGGCAGCCGGCCAGCCUGAGAACAUGGACAGCCAGCAGCUGGUCUCACUGGUUCAGAAGGCAGUGACUGCUAUUGUGACCAGGCUGCACAGCCUGGCCCAGUUUGAGGGCGGCGAGAGCAAAGUGAACACACUGGUUGCAGCUGCCAACAGCCUUGACAACCUCUGUCGCAUGGACCCUGCCUGGCACCCAUGGCUGUAAGACCUGAACCUUGAAUCGCCAGUGAGAGGAGGGCGAGAGAAUUCUGCCGUCAAGGCUCCUUCUGUUGCAAUGUGAAGUUAAUAGACCACCCAGAUUGUGAAUUAUUUUUCUUGUUGAAAAUCACUUCAAUCCACUUUUCCAGUGUUUUCUUGUUUGUUUUGCAUUGCUCUAUUGGAUCAUGUGUGACUCCUCUUUAAAUGGAACCAUUGACCAGAAUUUGUACAGGGAGAGUGAUUAAAUAAUACUUCUGUCUUUUUGUCACACUGAUAGGAGUAAAUACUUCAGCAGGAUUUGCUAACUGCUGAUUUUGGAGAGACUACUUUCAACAAGCACGAUGCUAAGUGUGCAAAGUCUGCACAGUAUCUCAUGCUUAAGAGUGGGCUAAGUUUCUCACUGCUAUACAAAAGUUCGUCAAUGGUUGGAGGGGAUUGUGGCUUCGACGUAAGUGUUCAUUAAAAGACAUCUAGAAGGGCAAAUAUUCCAGAUGAGGAGGAAAGGUGUGGGUGGAUGAGAAACAGCUGAAAGUUGAGCACUGCACUGGUGAAGCAAAACCUUUACCAGUAAGUGCCCAAUUAGUAACUGUACAUCUGAAGUAGGCCAUUGCGGCAGGGAAUAAUGCAUGAGCGAGUUGAUGCCGAUUUGCUCGAUGGUUUUAAUUAUGCACUACUCGGCGUUGUUUGGCAAACACUGCAGAGUUCUUGCAUGGUUUUUAAAGCAAAAAUGUCAUCACAAGGUAUUUCUGUGUAAACCAAUGCCCUUUGCAACUGUUUCCAGGAGGGCAUUGAGGACACAGGGUUUCUGUUGUUACAGUUGCAAACAUGUACUGCACUUUUGUAAGAUUUGGGAAGUAUUGCAGUUUUCUGCGUAAAGUGUUUUUACUGUUUUGUACCAUACUAAAGAGUCAUCAGUUCAAAUUAGGAGUGAUCCAUUUCUCUGCAUGAUAGAUCAAAGCUGGCACUCAGUUCAGAGUAGAAUUUGACUGAGUAUAUAACGUACCUACUCUUAUUUCUUUUCGAUGUGUUGUUUUGGAAAGGGAGUCGUAACUGAAAUUUCUCAAAUAAUUCAUUCUGCACCCUGUGUGAAAUAUUAACUAGAAUUUCAAUUAAUACUGAAAGCUUAUGAAUAGGAUGUAAGAAUGAAUUUGUCACAAUCCCUUUACACUGUUUAAAAUGCCUCCACAAAGAUUUUGUGGGCUCUUCAAUGGAUUUUGUAGACACUAUAUCCUUUCAAAACAAAUAUGUUUUUACUGAUACAAGUCAGUUUAAGUCCUGUCCAUCUUAGUGAACUCAAUAUGGCCAGUUUUUUUGUAAGUUAUAAACUGUUUUAUUUUUACAUUUUU